AUGGCAGGAGAAAUCCUAGCCAUAGAUAUGCCUCACCCCAGGAGUCCUGCUCUGUACCGUCUCACCAAGCAGCUACUACAGAAAUAUCACAAGGCAGUGAGGCCAGUUCACGACUGGACUGAGGCCACCACGGUGUAUCUGGAUGUGUUGGUCCACGCCAUAUUGGAUGUGGAUGCACAGAACCAAAAAUUAAAGACAAGUAUAUGGUACCAUGAGGUUUGGGUUGAUGAGUUUUUAUCCUGGAACCCCAGCAUGUUUGAUGAGAUUAGAGAGAUCUCUCUACCUCUAAGUGCCAUCUGGGCCCCUGACAUCAUCAUUAAUGAGUUUGUGGAAAUUGAAGGAUCACCCGACCUUCCGUAUGUCUAUGUGAACUCAUCUGGGACCAUUAAGAACUCUAAGCCUAUCCAGGUUGUUUCUACAUGCGGUUUAGAGACCUACGCGUUUCCAUUUGACAUCCAGAACUGCAGCCUGACCUUCAGUAGUGUCCUGCACACAGUGCAAGAUGUCGACCUGGCCUUCCUGAGGAGCAGAGAAGACAUUAAGCAUGACAAGAAGGAAUUUUUGAACGACAGUGAGUGGGAACUUCUCUCUGUGUCCUCAACAUACAGCAUCCUGCAGAGCGGCGCUGGAGAUUUUGCCCAGAUUCAGUUUAAUGUGGUGAUUCGCAGGCGUCCGCUGGUCUAUGUUGUGAACCUGCUGAUUCCCAGCAUCUUCCUAAUGCUUGUGGAUCUGGGGAGCUUCUACCUACCACCCACCUGCCGUGCCAGGAUUGUGUUCAAGACCAGCGUGCUGGUGGGCUACACCGUCUUCAGGGUCAACAUGUCCGACGAGAUGCCAAGGAGCGCACUGAGCACCCCUCUGAUUGGAGUCUUCUUCACGGUCUGCAUGGCCUUCCUGGUUAUCAGCUUAUUUAAGUCCAUCCUGCUGGUCAGAUUCCUCCAUGAUGAGUGGAGCCAUGGGCAGGAGUGGCCCCUCUUGUGCCUUCGAGGGGACACUGAUGCUGAUGGGCCUAGAAUGGAUCCCAGAGCCCAGCUUGCUGGGGUACCAGAGCCCCCCAUCUGUCGAGAGCCCCAGGUCCAGCCAGGGAGCCUGAAGGAAGUCUGGUUCCAGCUUAAGUCCAUCAGCACCUACUUCCAAACCUGGGAGCAGGCGGACCGGAAGGGGGUUAAGUGGCUGGCCCUCCUGGAACGUUUAGACCGACUGCUCUUUCAAGCCUACGCCAUCCUGCUGGGCCUCUAUACCGUCACCCUGUGCUCCCUCUGGGCACUGUGGGGCAGCUCGUCAACCUUGUACAGAGCAGAAUGCAAGAUUCACACCUCAUCCGUGUCCUGA